AUGCCAGUGCGAGUAGGCAGACGUAUUCGCCAGCUCAUCUUGCAAUCACGUCGUGCACAACAACAGGUCCCGCCAACCACGCAGCCGCUUUGUCUUCGAUGCACCACGUCAAGCAAGGCUGCCAAUCUACCGCCCGAACCUCUGGAUCUAGGAUUUCGACGAAAGUCGGAGGAAGAACAACUCCCCCGCCCACCACUAUCUCCAGAAGACCAAACUAUCCGUCAGCGUAUAAUAUCACUGUUCUCUGCGCCAAACAAUGUCGAAACCGAGCGGAAGCUCGUAGAAUUACGCAACACUCCACUGGCAUCUCCCAAACUCGUAUGCCUUCUCGCCGAAGCACUCGUGCAUCACGCGUACAUUCUCGAUGCUCUCGAAACUAUCAACCAAUCGAGGAAAAAUGGCAUGCAUAUCCCGCCCAGAUUGUACGAAUCAAUCGUAUUCCGUUUUGCACAAAGGGAUCGUUGGGCCGAAAUCCUCAACCUCCUAGAGCCUCUCCAAAGCCUCUCUCCUUCCGGUUCCAGGGAAACCGACCACACGAUCACGACACGACUUUGCGAGUGGCGCGUGCGAGCAUGUGCAGAGCUCGGGGAUUUUGCCGGGAUGGAACGGGCAUUGGGUAUGUUUCCCCACGGUAUCCCCCUACGCGCAUGGAAGGUUGCAGAGCGAGCUUGUUUGAAGAACUCGGAUCCCAGGAUGGCAGCGAGAAUACAGGAAGUGCUCAGGCUCGACAAGAAGCACAAAGUCAAAGGCAAAAAGGCCGUUGGCGCGGGAGAGAGAGACGAACUUCGACUAGGAGAAGUGGCUCAAAUACUCAUUGGCCAUUUCCAGGCCCAGGAUGUCGCUUUGCAUGAUGCCCUCACGUCUACACAAAUCGUACGGACCCAAACGAAUGGCCGGGACCAUCCCACCUAUUUAAUCACGAAACGUUCCUCAUCAAACACCCCCCAUUCUCCUGAUCUGUGUCAUUCAUUUACUCCCGAUUCAUGGUUAGCUACCCGAUGUGUACUCCAGUUAGUCCAGAGCAAUCGAGUCACCGAAGCAGCAGCUGUGGUCGCCGCUAUGUGCAAGAAGAUGUCCUCAGUAAACGGUGCUUCGCCUUCGCAACCCUGUUCCAGUACUUCGACACACGAAACCGCGCCUCUCAGUCUUUCCGAGAUUUUCGCUUCUGUCUAUCCUGAUAUUCAUGUGUUCAACGCACUUAUCAAGGGCGUUUUGAAUAUCCGAGGAUUGAGCGGCAUGCUCGCACUUUUGGAGAUUAUGCAUGAUAUACAAGUCAAGCCCGAUGCUCUCACGGCAACAUUACUUUUACGAUACCUCGAUCGACAACGAGCGUGGAGUCCUGGCCGAUUAAUCGAUACACUCGUUGAUUUGACUUCUCCAAUAUCCUACGACUAUGACAAUGACCCUGCCGUUCCUCCCAAACCCCAGCCAGUCCCCGUUUCCAUACAACACACAAACGUGCUACUUAGCUCAAUCCUCAACACAGAACGUAACGCGACUCUAGGAGGAGGAUGGAAAGCGUCAGCUGCGUUUCUCAAGUACCAUAAUCGCCCUAUAGAUCGUCGGCCCCCCUCCGGCUCCCGCCUCACAUCCUCACCCAGCGAUGUUGAUCCUCCUACCGCCGGUUUGAAGUUUCAAGCUCGUGCUGAGAGCUUGAAACCAAUAUUAGACGCUCUCCGAGCUCGAGGAGUUCGCAACGACUCCAUGGCUUAUGCUCUUCGUGCUCAACGGGACGGUGUCGUACGAUUAGACCCGGAGGCUGGACGCAAGGUCCUCCAACGCGCAGAUAUACCUUUGGGAGAUUAUCACUACGCAGCACUAAUGGCGGGACUCGUCGAAUGCGGCUACAUGGAUUCGGCCAAGGCUGUCAUGAAAUCUGCACACGAGAGUGGGUUUGGCGCUGGAUCGCCGGUGAUGCACACGAUCCUCAUAACUGGGUAUGGUCGAAUGGGUCUCCCUCGCCAGGCCGAACGAGUUUUCAAGCAGAUGCUUUUGGCAAAAGUAAAGGCCGAUGCGAUCGCUGUCGAUGCGCUGGCUGGUGCAUGGUUCAUUGCGGGAGAGUACCAGCGAGCCCGUCAAACAGUGCUGCGAUAUUGGCCUGGGGAUGGGGAACUUCCGUUCAGAGAGGAUACUCCCUUGAAGAAGAUGAUUACGGAGCUAAGAAAGUUACGGCCUGUUUCCAAAGUUCGACGGAAACACACACAGGUGUCUGCGGGCGAAGAUGCGUACGUUGGUCCAAUCGUUCAAGCCAUUAAAGCUCCGGACAAGACUUUACCAUUGACUUCGAAUAUUGCUGCUGGGGAGAGGAAGGAUGGUAAUGGCUCAAACUCGCGGCGGUAUUCAUCCGUAGCUGGAGUCGGUUUACAGCUUGAUGCCGUCGAUUGGAUGAAAUCGAGGACCCCCGUCGGAACGGCGCCCGAUUUAGCUGAAUGCAACGAGCAGGGAAAGCAGAAGCCGAGGGCUAGAAUUCGCAUGAUGUUAUCUUCGUCACAAAAUGGAUAG